UGGCCGUCAUCCAUCCUGUUUCCAUGACGACGCACGUAAACAAUCUGACGUCAUGGUUUCACACAUCCCAUUGAUUGAGACGGCGCGAGUAGCAGCAGCAGCACCACCACCAGCAGCAGCAGCAGCAGCAGCAGCAAUAGCAGCAGCAGUGGCAGAGCAGCGGCAGCAGCAGCAGGAUGAGAAUGGGAGGCCGGGGAAGGGGGGGCGAAGAGAGCUGGAGGGGGGGAGCCAGCACAGGGGGCGGAGUGGCGAGCGAGCGAGGCCCGGGUCAGUGUAGGUAGGGCCUCCGUGACAGCCAGAGCAGGGCACAGCAGCUCACAGCCACACGCGCCACACAGACAAAGAGAGAGAGAGAGCGGAUCGCUGCUGGGCUAGGUCACGGGUGUCGAGGCUCAGGUCAGGCGUCAUGGCCAACAACAAGGUGGAGCAUGUCGAGUACGGGGGCGGCAGCGGCAGUGGUGGUGACCUGGAUGACAGUAAGUUGAGGUGGCAGGGCGAGCGAGUGCGUCCGGCCAGCGAGUAAACAAGAGGACGAGUGAGAGACACCAACAGGCACCUCUCCCACCACCUCUCCCACCACCUCCACCUCCCCUCCACCCGCACCCAAGCCGCAGAAAAAAAAAACUAAAGGGAGGGAGAGGGAGAGAGAAAGAGAGAUAGAUAUAAUUAGGGACAUUACUUUGAGACUCAACAAAAAAGAGCAACGGAGAGAGAGAAAAAGACUCUUAAUUAAAACCCACCGAUUGCACCUGUCUCUGUGUCUGUGUGUCUGUCUGUCUGCCGCACCUCGCACCAGCCACCAGUCCCCGUCACCCGUCACCCGUCACCCAGCGGCCCGUCACCACCACGCACCCUUCACAUGACCGACACGAUGAAUGAUAACUAUAUACAAGAUCCUAGUCCGCCCCUGUUUGGAGUAUGCAUCCCAUGUGUUGGGGGGAUCCACUCACACAGCUCUUCUAAACAGACCAGCACGGACAGCCCCGGAGUUUGUGCCUUCAUCCUCACCUUCAUCUCCUAUCUCCUUAUUGUUGCUACUUUCCCCUUCUCGCUAUGUCUCUGUAUCAAGGUGGUGCAGGAGUACGAAAGAGCAGUCAUCUUCCGCCUCGGUCGUUUGCUGAAGGGCGGAGCAAAGGGACCCGGGAUAUUCUUCAUUGUCCCAUGCAUCGACUCCUACAGGAAGGUCGACCUCCGUACCGUGUCCUUCGACGUGCCGCCACAGGAGGUACUCUCCCGAGACUCAGUGACGGUGGCUGUGGACGCUGUGGUGUACUACAAAAUCUUCCGCCCCGUAGAUAGCGUAGCAGUGAUCUCUGACUAUAGCCACUCCACCCGCCUGUUGGCCGCCACCACCCUGCGGAAUGUGCUGGGUACACGCAACCUGGCUGAGAUCCUGAGCGAGCGUGAGUCCAUCUCGGCCACGAUGCAGAGCUCGCUGGACGACGCCACCGACCCCUGGGGCGUCAAGGUGGAGCGCGUCGAGAUCAAGGACGUGCGGCUCCCGGUGCAGCUGCAGCGAGCCAUGGCCGCCGAGGCCGAGGCAGCGCGAGAGGCCCGAGCCAAGGUGAUCGCCGCCGAGGGUGAACAGCGAGCCUCCAGGGCCCUCAAGGAGGCCGCAGAUGUCAUCAACGAGUCCCCUGCAGCACUCCAGCUGCGCUACAUGCAGACACUCAAUGCCAUCAGUGCUGAGAAGAACUCCACCAUUAUCUUCCCUCUGCCCAUCGAUCUACUUUCCCAGUACAUGAAAAAUGGUAACAACAAGAAUGGGAAGAAUAGCAAGAGCAAGAAAGACCUCCUCUCUGAUGAUGAAUAGGGAACAUUUGGCACUUCACAAUACACAAGAGAAACCACCCUCAAGAGUACUGCCACACUAGCCUUGAGUUAGGAUCAAGUAGUGUUGUAGACUUUUGGAUCUGAGCUGUACAUUUCUAAGCCAUUUUUUCUCCCCCUCAUCUCGUAUGAAAUUUUUAAAUUUCCUGAGCUAUGAGUUUGGGGUUCUCCACUUGGUCUGGCAGCUGCCCUUUCUUCUGUAUCUUGCCCAUUUUAUUAAUUUAAUGUGGGAUUCCUGCUUCUUGGGACCUCUGAGGGACCACCCUAGACGAGUUUUAUUCCUCGCAGGGAAGGUGAAUUUAGUGAGGAAUGAUCAGCAGCCUUGCACAGAGGCCAAGCUGGGCAAGGAACCCCAUGGACUGCUUGUCCCCUAGUAGGUUGCUGUAGUGAAGCUCAGGAACCCCUGCAGCUCCUCCCCACCACAGCUUGCUGCACUCUAACCUCCCAUAGGCAACCAAGAUCUGGCCAGCAAGAAGACACAAAAAAUUCAUCUGAGCAGGCCAGGUUCUAGUAGUUGCCUACGCUUGUUGGUUGCAGAUUCUUUGGUGUUAAAUACAAAUGGAUUAUGGGAAAAGCUAUAUUUUCAUCUGGAGACUUAAAUUUGUAGGCAAGUACAUUGGUGUUGGGAGCAGCUGCUGGGCAUCCUUGGGCAGUGACACUAGCAGGCUGGUCUUUCUUGUGUAUCCUGAAGAGUGCCAGGGCAGAAUGGCGCCUUGCGUGGGCCUGCCAGUUACUGGCACUGGGCAAGGAAUCGAUUAGGUGCCACUUAAUAUAGGAAUCACAAAGUUAAAGUGCAGCAUUUAAUUAAAAAAAUCUAUUUACCAAGCCCAAUUGGUGGGCACCACGCAACUGAAACGCCGCCCAGUUACUGGUAAAGAACUAAAGGAUUGCUCCUGAUAAUCAACCAUAAAUUUAUUUCUUAAGAGUGGACUCACCACCUCCACCACCACCAACAAACGUUUAGGUUCUUCACGCCAAUGAAAGUGGAGCAGGUAACAAUGAGUUAUGUUGGCUGUAUCUGCCUGUAAAGUCCACACCAUACAUGGCAGCCCCUCUGCUAACAAACAGUUCUUGGGUCUUAUAGUGUUCAGGGGAGUGAAAUCGAAGGCUAGGCCUAACUUAACUGGAUGUUGUGCUCAGCAGCUACACAGCAUGUGUUUAGGCCUCAUGGCUCAGUGGCACCAGUGCCCCACCUUCAAAAAACGUUUCUUGGUUCUGGUUGGAUCCAUUGCCACUCUGUGCAUAUCAGCCACACCCUUGGCGCCCUGCCCCUGCAUGGUGUGCAGUGCACUGCCACAACUGCCAAUGCCUGAGACAACAGGCAAACUCACUGCCAGUCAUGGUGCCAGGUGUCAUACCUUCCUUGGCAUCUGUGGAUUUUGCUUUUCUCGCAGUGGCAGUGGAGGCAGUGGUAGACACUUGCUGCCAGAGGGGUAAGGCGGCAACCAGUAUACUGUUGCCAGCUGGAGCUCCUCACUGCUGCUGGAAAGGACCAGUUCAGAGCUUCAUACCACUUUGUGUUGGUGUGGAAAUGAGUUGUGUUGCCUAAGCAUCAAAAGUGUCCCCCAGCAGUGUGGUGCUCUGGCUAGAGUUUGAAAUUUUAUGUUGCACUUUCUCGAUAUUAUAUCGUAUAUGAAUAUAUGAAUAUAUACAUAUAUAUUAUGUAGCACUAUAGCAAUAAUACACAAGAGCUUUGUUCUAAAGCCUCAAAGACCCACCUGACCUGGCCUCACAAGAGCCCAUGAAAGUAAAUAUCAAAACUUAUUCAGCUUUUUAAACAAACAUCCAACUGCAGCAGCAGCAACCAUUUAAAUCUCAAGUCUGCAUCAAGUAUCUACCCGAUUCUUGUUCCUUACAAACUCUGCCUCGCAGAUUCUAAAUUGAUGCUAAAAGUCUUACAUAUUCCCCUUCAUGCAGACUAUGCCUCUUGCCCUCUAGGCAAAUGUGAGAAGCCCCAGACAGCAGGGAUGACAACAUCUUGACUCAGUUCUUCCAAACCUUGUCGACAGCCACCUGGCGCCUCCCCUGCCAGGAGCCGCCUGACAUGGAGGUUGUUCUGGAAACGAUUCAGUCUUCCAGUUAGUUGUUGUCUUCCACUGGCCUGCUGGGGCACCUGGUCCCUGCCAUGGGUGGGGCACUCCCUCCUGAGGGCAGGAGAGGCCAGCUGCCCUUUUGGCAUGACAGGCACCCAUGACCACAACUAACUUCUCUUCCCCACAGCACAGCAAUCCACAAAUUCUGAAAUUUAUAAGAUUAUAUUAAUCUGUUCUUCAGUUAAAAAGCUAUUGCAGAAAACAAUGGUGGCAGUUCACAAUUUUCUCACUGCCUAUUGUCUAUGUUUAAAGUUAUGUACUAAUGUGAAGUGACAUCCUUCAAAUGAAAAUGCCUAACAAGUCUAGGACAUCCUGGCCACUACCAGAAGAGUAGCAAUGACUAUCUGGGCACAACUGUUCCUCUAAGAAUGCCCAACUCUAUCAACACUGAGUUGUACAUAGAACACAUGUACGGAGCAUAAUGGUCUUGUAUUAAUGUUUAUAUUUAUUAGUUUGAAAGAACCUUUGUUUUGCCCCUUGUCAUAAAAUAAAAUGGUUAUGUGUGGUUGCAUAUACAUACUACUUUGUUUUCCCAGAUUCUUAUUGCAUUUUUUAGAUACAUUUGCAUUACAUGUUUCCUAUGACUUUUGCAAGACUCCUUCAGUGCUGUUGCUGCAUCAUCCUGCCUGUGCAGGGUUCUCAGCUGCCUGUCUCAUUAAUGCUGCAUAACAAAGGUCGCAAUAGUGUGUUGACCCAGAAUAAGGCUGUUUAAUUCUUUUACAACAUAGCGUUGCCACAGCUGGGAUAGUUGGUCACAUAAUACUACUGAAUUUUAAGAUUUUAUAUUUUUUAAGUUCCUGAGCUUAAGUUUGAUAGUACUCAUCUAGCAUAUGCAGCUCAGCUGAAAACAUUUAUUCCCUAAAAAGAAACUACCAUUACUGAUUGACAGUUUAAACAGCUCUUGGAAAAGCUCAGUUUUGGUAUUUCCAAGAUACUGUUUUGCUUAAAAUCUUUUUUUUCUUUGAAAUGUAAUGAAUGGCUAGUUAUUUUAGGGGGCAUUAAUUGUGGUUGGCUAUUUUUUCACCCCUACUUACAGUAAAAGUGAAACCCAUUUGAGAAAUAUAUAUAUAUAUAUAUAUAUAUAUAUAUAUAUAUAUAUAUAUAUAUAUAUAUAUAUAUAUAUAUAUAUAUAUAUAUAUAUAUAUAUAAAAAAUUUCCCAAAAGUAACAAAACAAAGAGAUAAUCAUUGCUGCAGAUCUAGAUAUUACUGUUAAUAGAAUUUUAAGAUUUUAAUCACUACUACAGAUUUAUUAUUUUGAAAGCUUUAUCAAUGUUCACCUCGCCUUCAUAAUUGCAUAUAAGCUGCACUGCAUUUGCUUGCUUGCUUCCAUAUUUUGGGCAGAAAGAGGUUCAGGUUCAGAUUAGAGGAGGACAUGUGCAAUGUAAUCUGAGGAAAAUUAACUUUAUUAUUACUUACUUUUUUAAACUUUGGAGCACAGGCAUUAGGGAGCAGCAAUACACCUCCCUUGCCUCCUCCUGCCCAAAAUAGGAAGGGAUUCACACGUCCAGUUCUGUGUUUCUCUUUCAAUAUUACAAAUAUAUUUGCAAAUCUUGUACACCUUGUUUCACAGAAAUAAAGAAAUUACAUAAAUAACAA